CGAAACCUUAAAGACUUUUACAAAUUCAUGAGAAGUCACAGUUGUUAUAUUAAAAGCAUAUCUUAGCCAAAAUAUCACUUUCAUGAAAUAAUAAAAAUAUUUGUCGAAAGUAAAGAAGAAUACAAAGCUCUAGAGUAUCAGAUCUAAAAAACUUCAGAUUUCGAAUAAUUGCCAAAAUGAGACCUUACACAGUUGAUGUACGUUCGGAUACAGUAACGCAGCCAACAUCUGAUAUGCGCCAGGCUAUGGCUGAAGCAGAGGUAGGUGAUGAUGUUUUCGGUGAAGAUCCAACAAUUAAGGAAUUACAAGAUAGAUCAGCCAGACUUUUUGAUAAGGAAGCUGCUUUAUUUGUACCCAGUGGCACAAUGGCUAACUUGAUAGCAAUUAUGGUACACUGCCAUCAUCGCGGCGCAGAGGCAAUUGUGGGUGAUUUAUCGCAUACAUUCCUAUAUGAGCAAGGUGGAGCAGCACAAAUUGGAGGAGUUCAAUUAGCCACAAUUAAAAAUGAAGUCGAUGGUACAUUUAGUCUCAGUGAAUUGCGAAACAAGAUUCGUUAUGACGAUUGCCAUGAGCCCAUCACUUGCUUGGUAUCAGUCGAGAACACACAUAACAUGUGCGGAGGCAAAGUACUGCCACUUGAGUGGCUAAAUGAGCUAGUGAAAGUUGUCAAAGAUCCUGCUGCAACUCACAGUCCGAUAGCAUUGCACAUGGAUGGAGCACGUAUCUUCAAUGCAGCAGCGGCACUGAAAAUACCAGUGGCGCGUAUAACGCGUGAUUUUGAUUCCGUUUGCUACUGCUUGAGUAAAGGACUUUCAGCACCAGUGGGUUCAGUGUUAAUGGGCUCAAAAGCUUUUAUUACACAAGCACACCGUUUGCGCAAGGCCUUGGGCGGUGGCAUGCGUCAAGCUGGUAUUUUGGCUGCCGCUGGUUUAGUGGGACUUGAGACAGUUGUGCCACGCUUGAGUGGUGAUCAUCAAAGGACAAAACGUGUAGCUGAAGCUGUGCAUAAUUUGAAAAGUCCAAACUUCACCGUUGAUCUACCAAAUGUACAGACUAACAUUCUCCUAAUUGAUAUAUUGAAUUCGAAAUUAUCCUCAAAUGAAUUUUGUUCACGUUUGAAGGAGAUAAAACCUGAGGAAUUGGAGCAAGGUGUCACCUCAGAUGAGGCUGGAAAAGUGGGUAUUGUUGUGCAGAUGAGUUCCCGCAAUUGGAAAUACGCACGUGCUGUAUUUUAUCACCAGAAUACGGAUAAGGAUAUUGAUAUGCUUAUCAAAAAGCUGACAUAUGUCAUCAAAGAAUUUGAUUCCAGUCUCACUGCUUAAGUUCAGUAUUGAAUGCAAAAUUUUUAACAUUAAAAAAUGUAUUAAAAAUUGUAA